CCAUCCACUUCCGGUCCAUCUGCAGGAGCGCGAGGCUAGACCAGCGCUGGAUUUCCCCAAAUCGCAGGGUCCCCAUCUUGUACGAUAUGCAACAAGCUCUAGAGCAAGCUUUGGAUCAUGCAGAGUAUGUCAUUGCAACUGCCCAGCAAAGACCGCCGAAAAGGAAAUACUCAUCGAGCGGAGAGACGUCUCUCCAGGAAAAACUGUAUGACAUUUAUGUUGAAGAAUGUGAAGAAGAGCCUGAGGGUACGGAGGAAUUAAGAAGCAACGUGAACCUGUUAGAGAAGCUUCUUAGGAGAGAGUCGUUGCCCUGUUUGGUGAUCAACUUGUACCCAGGAAAGCAGGGCUAUUCCCUGAUGCUCAAGGGGGAAGAUGGAUCACUUUCGGAGAGCAUUCGACUGCCUUAUGAAGAACGGGAAUUUCUCGAAUAUUUGGAUGCUGAAGAAUUACCUCCUGCUUUGUUGAAUUACCUGGAUAAGUCUGCGGUUAACGUUUUUCAUCAGGGGUGUGUCAUAGCAGAGAUACGGAACUACAGGCAGUCCAGUGCCGGGGAACCUCCGCGUUACCAAAGCAGGCAUAUUCUCUUACGUCCCACCAUGCAGACGUUAGUUUCCGAUGUAGAGGCCAUAGCCAGCGAUGACCAGAACUGGACCCAGGAGGACAAACUUUUGCUUGAGAGCCAACUGAUCUUGGCUACAGCGGAACCACUGUGUCUAGACCCUUCUGUAUCAGUAGCCUGCACUGCAAACAGACUGCUCUAUAACAAACAGAAGCUGAAGGCUCUUGCCAUGAAAAGGAGUCUCAAGAGGUUUUCUGUGCCCACUCUCAUUCAGCAACAGGAGCAACAGGAGCUGUCCCAUUGUCCACCUCCUCCUGAGCUAAGAAUCCAGACUUCUUGCAAAAAUAUAAGAGAAAGUAAAGCAAAUCAACUGUAUGACCUCAAAAUUUCUAAAGCAGGCAAUCGUGUAGAUACGGGGAAACAGAGACCCUGUAACUUGGCCAUCCCUUCUCAAGUGGAUGUGCAGAAAUAUGCUAAAGGGAAGGAGUCUGUCAGAUAUGAGGAGUCACAACCAACCCAGGAGGUACUAGGUGAUCCUGCAGUUGGAUGUAAGGCUGCCUACCAAUCCCAGGCAACAAGGUUGACCGUCAGGCAGCCAGCUGAUAAUCCACUUGCCACUGGAAAUGGGUCUGAGAAAGAAGCCACAAGGGAGAGAGAGCUGUGUCUGCCCCAGUCCUCCACAGAUGACCACUUCAAGGGUUUCCUGCCCAAGCCACAGACUGAUGCUGGGAGAGUGGUCAGUCAGUCUGAGCAACUGGUCCAGAAGAGCACCCAGUGUCCAGUGCAGACGGCACCCAGCUCCAGUGGCUCAGCCCGUCUCAGGCAGCCUUCUCCAGGGACGCAGUCAGCACAGCCUAGGAUUGCGUCCAUUCGGUCCUCAGUGCCAGACUGGGGAGCCAGACCUCCACCCCCACUCAAGAGCCCAGAGAAGAGCUCCUGCGGUGACAGCUUUACCUCACAGCAGGCGGGCAGCUCUCAGGCCCGCCCAUCUCCUGGCCCUGCUCCUCAGCCACCCAGCCUUUCCCAGAGAUCGUCCGUGCCGCUGAACAGAGGAAGCUCGCUUCCUGCAGCCGCCCCGUCCACCACAGGCGCGUUACAAAGAACCCCGGACGUCCAGGUCACGACCAUCUCCCCUGGCCUGAAGUUCAUCAAAGGCCCCCGCUCCCGUGGGGAUCCAGCCGGGCCAGCAGCCCGCAGCUCAGCCACUGAACCUGCAGCCCGUAGCACCACUGGGGCCUCUUCAAGCUGCUUCUCUUCCUCCUCCUCCUCCUCCUCCUCCUCCUCCUCCCAGAUCGGGUCAGGUGCUUUUGAAGGACGCUUCUGA